GGCUGUGAACCUGCUUCCUUCUGUAAUCUUGCUGCCCUUUGCCCCAGGCUAUUCUCAAAUGAAACUUCUGACCGUGACCACUGGAGCCUUCCAGGUGGGGGCUCCAGAGGCAGCCGAGCGACCAGCAGGAGGACAGUGAAGAACCUGCCCCCAGUAAUCAGCGCUCGAUUUUUAAAAACUCAGUGGGGCGCCCCUUCUUUUCUAGGUUGCGCUUGAUUGUGGUCGGCCCUGGCUGGGUUGUUUGGGAAAGAGCAGUUCAGCCUAGCGUGAGUCAGCACUGCCUGGGGGACCGCCUGCUCGUUGCCGUGUCGCUUACCGAAGAUCCGUCCCCAGGCGGCACCAUUCACUCGGCCUGAAAGCUGCCGCUGUUGGUUCCUGAGAUGAGCUCAUCUGAAAUGGCUCCAAGGACCUCAGCGGCGGGAACUGGAGGCCGCUUGCCCUCUGCCGCCGUAAUGUUUUGAAACAGGCAAGAUCAGAUUUUAUCAUGUGGGCAACCUGCUGCAACUGGUUCUGCCUGGACGGACAACCUGAGGAGGUCCCCCCGCCCCAGGGAGCCAGGACACAGGCCUAUUCCAACCCUGGGUACAGCUCCUUCCCCUCCCCCACAGGCUCGGAACCAAGCUGCAAGGCUUGUGGGGCCCACUUCACGAACACGGCCAGGAAGUCUGACAUGGCUUCCGCUGCCUCUUGCUCUAAGCAGCAGACCUGCCUGGACUGCAAGAAGAAUUUCUGCAUGACCUGUUCGAGCCAAGUGGGAAAUGGGCCCCGCCUCUGCCUUCUCUGCCAACGGUUCCGAGCCACGGCUUUUCAGCGGGAAGAGCUCAUGAAGAUGAAGGUGAAGGACCUGAGGGACUAUCUCAGCCUCCACGACAUCUCCACUGAAAUGUGCCGGGAGAAAGAGGAGCUGGUGCUCUUGGUGCUUGGCCAGCAGCCCGUCAUCUCCCAGGAGGGCAGGACUCGAGCCCCCACCUUGUCCGCGGACUUCCCCGAGCAGCAGGCCUUCCUGACCCCGCCUCGCGCCAGCACGGUACCUCCUACCUCGCCUCGCCUCGCCUCUUCGCCCACACAGGCCCCCUCUGUUCCCCCAGCCCAGGCUCAGGAAUCGCAGCAGGCCAAUGGCCAUGUGUCUCAGGACCAAGAGGAACCCGUCUACCCGGAGAGCUCAGCCAGAGCACCUGCUGAGGAUGAGACCCAGUCUGUGGACUCAGAGGACGGCUUCGUCCCGGGCCGGAGGGCCUCCCUGUCUGACCUGACCGACCUGGAGGACAUUGAAGGUCUGACCGUGAGGCAGCUGAAGGAGAUCCUGGCGCGCAACUUCGUCAACUACAAGGGCUGCUGUGAGAAGUGGGAGCUGAUGGAGAGGGUGACGCGGCUGUACAAGGACCAGAAGGGACUCCAGCACCUGGUGUGUGGUGCUGAAGACCAGAACGGGGGCACGGCGCCGCAGAGCGUGGAGGAGAACCUGUGUAGGAUCUGCAUGGACUCGCCCAUCGACUGUGUCCUGCUGGAGUGUGGCCACAUGGUGACCUGCACCAAGUGCGGCAAGCGCAUGAACGAGUGUCCCAUCUGUCGGCAGUAUGUGAUCCGAGCCGUGCACGUCUUCCGGUCGUGAGGCCUUGCGCCAGCUUCUUCAGUGCCUUAUGGGGACAUAGCUUGAGGUGUCUGGGCUCCAGACCGGGCAGUUCACCGACGGGCAGGCGGUGUUCCUAAGACCAGGACACACAAAGAUGCUGUCGCCUCUGGGCAUGCCUGUCCUGCCACGGAGGCACGCCUCUUGGCUGGCAGAGCUGGAGGCCAGCGGGAACGGGGACAGAUCGCACAGGCAAGUCCUUGUUUCGGUGAUCUUGGGGUAAUGAUGGGAACUGAUGAAGAGAGGACUUGCCAGAAUUUGGACCGCAUCUUCCUCCCUUCCUCCGAAAGCCCACAGUUUCACCCUCCUGGGCCCCACCCGUCCUUCUGAGCUGCCUGCCUCUGGGCUGCACCAGACAGAAGUCCUGGUCGAAAUGGUUCUUUUCCUCCCAGCACAUUUGGAUUUAUUUCUGCUCUGGCUUUCUGCGCUUUAACCUACCUUUGCUAAAGUCUCUUGCUACCUUGCCUAAAAUCCAUUUGAUUCUUCAGACCAAAAAGAUGAUAGCUUAGCAGACCGAUAGUGAUCCCUCUUAGGACUGAAUUUGGACUGGAGCAGUAAACUUAGCUCUGGUGAGAAACAAAGCACAAAUGCUACUGAAAAUUUUCAAAGUUGCUUCCUUACGUGCUGGGAUUGGAAGCGAUGAGUCUCCUGACGUAACCUUGAGAGCCAGCAAAGCACUUGGCUCCCAAACUGCUGGGACAUUUGAGUCCGUUUUCAUGAGAUGGCAUGCACAGCCCUCCGCUGCUCUCGGGCCCGCGCCAUCCAUCCUGUGUUAGUUUGAGAACAGGGAGUGUUCGGUGGAAGCAGUGGCUCCUGCUUCGCGGUGACUUCUCCAGCAGGCAGGAGUAGUAAACCGCUUUCCCUGAGAACGAAGUCCCACCCUUCCCUGGUGUCACUGAAGGCAGAGCCUUGCUGUCCUCUGGCCAGACUUCUCGAGAGGCUCCCAGAGACCACACCUGAAUACCUAAGGGUGUCUGAAGGUCCUGAAUGAGACUGGAGUCAGCUGUUGAGCAGACAGCUGCAAGUCUUAAUUCCCCAGGUUGCUGGGGACUCUCCACUCCCAUUUCCUUUCUCAGCAUAGUGACUUGAGGGCAGGUCAGGAAGUAGCAUUCUUGGGGUCCUCUAGGAGAGACCAUACAUUGAGCUAGAUGAUUCUCGAGCCCUCUUAGGGUUGUUCUACCACGGAAGAGCCAGAAGGCUUAGGUUUGCUGGAGAAGCUUAGUCAAGAGCACACACACAUGCUAUUGGAACAGCUGUGUGUGCUGCCGUCCCCAGUGGCUGAACUGCACAAACCCUAGACACCCGAGGGCCUUGGCCGCCCCCUGCCCCCCUCCCCUGCUGUACAGUCAAGUUCUCUCUGACUGCAGCCUGUCCUGACUUUGGAGGACAGUGGGAGACCUCCCAGGGGACCUGUUCAUCGGCACAGACACGCUUAGGCUUCCCCCAUCGUCAGCCACUGUUCCCCUUCAGAGGAGUGAAGUGAUUGCAUGAAGUAGUUGUCGGUUGAACACUGGGCCACUUACCUUUGCCCUGGAUGAUAGGGUUCUGGGACUCGGCCUUUGUAGGAAUUGAGGGAAUCAAGAGGUCUGUGCAGAGGACCUUUGGCCUUUCUGCUGGACAGUAAAUACUACAGUUUACAAUGCUACAAGUUUAGCAGAGAAUUCCUCCAUUUCUCGAUUCCACUGUGAAAACAGGUCCCUAUUUAUGCAACUCAGUUAAGAUCUAGCAAUAACUUCAGGCAGAUGCUGGCUUUACCCCUCAGACUUGCUUCCACUGCUGAGGCCGUCCCUUUCCCUACCUCCACAGGCCCCCCUAGACAGAAGUUACAGAUAAUAUCCUGAAGGUCUGUAACCUCAGGAAGAAUUAUAGCUGGUAUCAUGUGCUCAUUCUGGAAAAAGAACUUGCCUUGAAGUCUUCUGAUCUGUUUCGACGAAGGUUUUCAUUCAGGAAAAAUGGUGUCAAACAACCCUGAUUUGUUGUUGUUGUCGUCCAUCAUGAUUACACCAAAUAAAGGCUGGGAAUUGAAGAUCCCAUUUCAGUUACUAUCUAACCUAGGUAGAAAACCUGAUUUUUUAAAUAUCUGAGUAAUCCCCCUCCCCCCAACCUGCCCCGGCCCUUCAUGGAUCCUUGGGUCUUAAUUGUGAAAACAUCUAAUUAGUCCAAUUAUUCCAUGGCUUUUGCUGUGAUUGUUUUGAGAUUUCAUUUGAGACUUGUUUUGAGACUCGGGAGAGCUGACUGGUUCAUAAUAUAUUGGAAUAGUUGGAUCCAAGCUAGUAAGAAUAAGCUAUACAGGCAUUCACACACAAUAUAUAUUGUAUAAAUUGAUUGAAAUCUUGGGGAUGUGAAUGUGUUACUUCAAGUGGCUUAUAUUAAGAGUCUUCAGAAUUACUUGGGUGUUAAAGCAAACCCAAUGUGUAUUUUUUUGUUACAGAGCUCUGCUUUAUAAUUUUGUAAUAAAAUUUCAUGAUAGAA